AUUUACAAAGUUAUUAGCUAAAGUGAGUGUCUGCAUUGUACUUAAAAAAUGUUUAUUUUAAUCAGAUAAAUAUUUUUAAAAUGCUAAUAUUCACUCAUUUAUCAAAUAUUUACUGAAUGCUAGUUAUUUUGCAAAGAGCUUAGAGUCUUUUGGGGAAUAGACAAAUUCAGAGUGCUUUUCAAGAGACGUAGAAAGCUGUAGGAGCACAGGAUAUUUUUUAAGGCAAAAUAUCAAGUAUACAAUUCCUUUAUCAGGGAUUGGCAUGAAAUCUCUCCAUAAAUUUGUAUUGCCAUCUGUUCUUUGUAUUUGAUGUAGAUACUUUUCCUAAUUUAUAGAUCAGGAAACACAUUUAAGGGAGUUAAAACUUGCCUAGGAGCUUGCAACUCAAGGGCUGUGAAACUCCUUUAUAUCUUCUGGAAAAACUUAAAGAGCAUAUCUUCAAAGCUAAAUAGUAAAAUGGAAAUUUUUAAUGUCAUGACCAGGGUUUAAGUCAUAUUAGAUGAAUCAUACUGAACAGAGAUAUGAACUAUAUUUUUUGACAAAAGUGCAGAGUACUCAAUGUUUUAAUAGAGGACUUAUAUCGGAGGUGUGAAUACAGAGCUAAUUAUUAAUUCAUUUAAUCUCCAUAUAUUUAAUGAGUGCUUGAGUAGCAGGUACAUUUCUAGGUUCUGGGGAUAGAGCAGUGAAUAAAAUAAACAAAAAUAUCUGUCCAAGUAGAGCUUUUAUUUUAAUGGGAGAUAUAGCAAAGAAAAAAAGAGAUAUAAGUAAAAUGUAUGAAUGUUAGUAAUAAGUGCUAUAUAGGAAAAGAAAGAGUAGGGAUAUAGGAAAUAUAAGAGUCAGGAUGGAGAAUUGCAGUUUUAAUUAGGGUGAAGUAUUGAUCAGUUUUUGCUGCAUACCAAAUCACCUCAAAACGCAGUGUUUGAAACCAUGAAAAUUUCUUUCUUGGUCUGUGGGUUGACUGCUGUUAGUCUGAUCAAGGCCUGACUUGGUUGAGUGGGUCCUUCAGCUAUUUUCUGGGGUAGGGGAGAUAUCCAGAACUCAAGCUGAGUUAUGGUGAGGUAUCUACUAGACAUCUGGAAGCUGCUGCGUGGGUUGUUCAGUAUAGUAUUUGUAGUCAAGGGAGCGGUCAAGGCCAGAGCUAAAAAUGUAAAGCCUCAAGACUAAAGGACAUAGGGCGAGUAGGAUAGAAAAGACUGGACCCGGAAGUACUGAAGUACUUAGAGGUUGGAGAGAUGGGGAGAAGCCAGCAGAAACACGAGAAGUAGUUGCCGCAGGACCGGGGCCUGUGUGACCCCGUGGUCGUCUGCAGGGAUUGCUGUGACCUGCGGUAUCUGGGCUGCUUUCAGCUUGUGAGGGUGGACUCUGGGUCAACAGAGAAGGAAGUCUGUGUCUAUAUACAGGUUUCACUCUUCAUUUCUGCCUUCAGAGGACCUGAAGUAUGAGGAAGGAUUGGUGACUUUAUUUUUUAUAUCAGUAUCGAAUGCUUGAAGUAUGCCAGGUACUAGGCACUGGGGAUGUAGCCAGGGAUUUAGAAAAAGAAAAAAAAAAAUGUGACUCUGUGGGACUUCCAUGAUAGUGAGAGCAUGAGGCCAAGUCUAAAACUGAGAGAUUAUUCAGUAGGUGUAAACAGCAGGUAGAACAAAAAUCCUAUUGGCCCAGGUUCCAGAGAUACAGGACGAAGAAAUUUAUAAUAGAAAAUUGGCAGAGGUCUAGACAUGAGGUCAUUUGGAUACUAUGUACCCAGUACGAUUAAAACAAUUCAAAUAUGUACCGACAUUUAAUUGAUUUUAGCAUUUAUACAGAGCCAGAAAACAGUAUGUACAGUUAAUGUCAACUCUCAUUUUUCAGAAUAGUUUACCUUCCAUCACAAAGCCAGGAAACCUAAAUAAACCAAAAUUAUUCCCCACUUAGAAUUAUCUUUCUUCCUGGUUUCUUUCCCAACCAUAUAUGAUUAAGCUAAUCUGUAAAAGACUUACCAAACCAUAAAAUUAACUUUCUCACUUUUCAAACAGUUCCUGAUUUUAUUUAAUGUACAUUUCACAGGCUUCAACUCUAAGAAUACAAGGAAUGGAUAAUUUGGCUUUAAACCGCAGUCGUAAAAGUCAGUCUUCAAGCCUUGGAAUAAGACUUGCAUAAGAAUACUAUGCAGCAUGGAUUCUCUACCAGAAGGAUUUUCUGUGAGGGAUCUUCCUCUGGAAGAGCAGGCUACAGAGGAAACCAAGAAAAAGGUAGAAAAAUCAACUGAUCAACUGGACAAACAGGAAAAGGACACACCUACUGACCUUGUCCCUGUUAACCUACUAUUAGAAGUGAAGAAAUUGUUGAAUGCAAUUAACACUCUACCAAAAGGUGUGGUUCCUCACAUCAAGAAGUUCUUACAAGAAGAUUUUUCUUUCCAAACUAUGCAGAGAGAAGUUGCAGCCAGUAACCAGAUCGGGGAGGAAGUUGUGCCUGCUUUGACCUUACGCCUCUUAAUAGCACGGCUCGGAGCAGCGCUUAGGGACAUCCACGCUACUAAUUACACUGCACAUCAGAUUAAUAUUGGUUAUUACCUGACAUUACUGUUUUUGUAUGGAGUAGCCCUCACUGAAAGAGGAAAGAAGGAGGAUUAUAUAGAAGCUGAGAAUAAAUUUCUAGUGAUGAAGAUGGUGAUCCAAGAAAAUGAAAUUUGUGAAAACUUUAUGUCAUUAGUUUAUUUUGGCCGUGGUUUGCUUCGAUGUGCUCAGAAGAGAUAUAAUGGAGGACUGCUGGAGUUUCACAAAAGCUUACAAGAAAUAGGAGAUACAGAUGAUCAUUGGUUUGAUAUAGAUCCUACAGAAGAUGAAGAUUUACCUACAACUUUUAAAGACCUUCUUAAUAAUUUCAUCAAGACAACUGAGAGUAAUAUAAUGAAGCAGACCAUUUGCAGUUAUCUAGAUUGUGAGCGAUCUUGUGAAGCCGACAUUUUAAAGAACACCAAUUAUAAGGGAUUUUUUCAGUUAAUGUGCAGUAAGAGCUGCUGUGUUUACUUCCAUAAAAUUUGUUGGAAAAAGUUCAAGAAUUUAAAAUAUCCAGGUGAAAAUGAUCAGAGUUUUAGUGGAAAAAAAUGUUUAAAGGAAGGAUGUACGGGUGACAUGGUAAGGAUGCUACAGUGUGAGGUACCUGGAAUUGUCAAAAUUUUGUUUGAAGUUGUGAGAAAGGAUGAAUAUAUAACCAUUGAAAAUUUAGGAGCAAGCUAUAAAAAGUUGAUGUCUCUGAAAAUAACUGAUACUGAUAAAAGACCGAAGAUCAGUUUAAAAUUUGGUACAAAAGAUGAAAUGCCUAUCUUCAAACUUGAUUAUAAUUAUUUCUAUCAUCUGCUUCAUAUAAUUGUUGUUUCUGGUACUGACAUUGUUCGGCAAAUAUUUGAUGAGGCUCUGCCACCCCCUCUUUUGAGAAAAGAGCUUCUUAUACACAAGAAUGUACUGGAACCCUACUACAACCAUCUUUGGACCAAUCACCCUUUGGGUGGAGCAUGGCAUCUGCUUUAUCCCCCAAACAAGGAGCUACCACAGUCCAGACAGUUUGACUUAUACCUCCUAUUAGCUCUCAUAAAACAUUUGAAUGUGUUCCCUGCACCCAAAAAAGGCUGGAAUAUGGAACCACCACCUUCUGAUCUCUCUAAGUCUGCAGACAUCCUGAGGCUGUGCAAAUACAGGGACAUCCUCCUUAGUGAGAUUUUGAUGAAUGGUCUCACUGAGUCACAAUUCAAUUCAAUUUGGAAAAAAGUUUCAGAUAUUCUUCUGCGCCUUGGGAUGAAGAAAGAAGAUAUUGACAAAGUGAAGGAGAACCCCAUUGAGAAUAUCUCCCUUGAUUACCAUCAACUGUCCAUCUACCUAGGCAUACCAGUACCAGAAAUCAUCCAGAGGAUGUUAUCCUGCUACCAACAAGGAAUUGCUCUACGGUCGAUCACAGGCAGUCAGCGUAUUGAAGAAGAAGAGUUACAAAAUGAAGAAGAAGAACUCAGUCCACUUCUUAUGGAGUACAAUAUAAAUGUGAAAUCAAUCCCUGAAAUACAGUUAGCAGAAAUGAAUAAAGAUGGGGCAUCGAUACCCAGUGAAUCUUCAACAGAAUCUAUUAAAGAUCUCCAGGAAGUUAAGAGUAAACCAAAGAAAAAGAAAAAGACCAAGAAUAAAAAGAAUAAGGAAUCAAAAGAAGAGCAAGUCCCAAGUAUGAUAGGAAAGGAAGAGCAGCUGAAGAAAGAACAAGCAAAUCUGUAUGCAAUCAGUAGAUUUAUGAAAGAUGAUGCAAGCAAUAUUCACGAAGAUUCUACGACUGAAGACAAGUCCUAUAGUCUGGAUGAAUUGCAUAUUCUGGACAUGAUAGAGCAGGGCUCAGCCAACAACGUCACUGCCGAGCGUGGGGGAACCGAGGAGGAGCUUGCUGGACGACGGCGGCGGCUUUGUGAGCUGCACUGCCAGUGUGAAGAUUUCAAAAGACAACUAAAAACAGUGACUUUGUGGUGGCAAGAAAACCAGAUGCAGAUUAAAAAGAAAGAUAAAAUCAUCGAAUCUCUUAACCAACAAGUGGCUUUUGGAAUCAGUAAGAUGUCCAAGUAAGUGCACAUUUGUUGA